CGGCGGCCUUGCAUGACGCCAGUACCGUAUUGACCACGGAGGAAUUCACACGCAUCAUGUCUCCUCUCCUCCUCUUCCUGCCGCUGGUGUUGUGGGCGAGGUCUCACCCUGGCGUCGAUGCCUCCUCCCCGCUAUUUGCCAGCCAAGAGGAAGUGAGUUCCUCGCUGGUAGUAAAUCAACUUGCUAUCCUCAAGAUGAUGGGAGACUCUUCAAACUCCUGUUCUACGGUAGCGCCUGUCGUCAUGGAGAAGCUUGAGGCUCAGCUGCAGCAGGACAAAGAGGUCCUUCACGGUGCUAUGAGCGACCUUCUGGAACAGAUAACUCAACUGAAGAAUGAAACCACAUCAGGUUUUGAAGAUGUGAAAGGCGAAUUGAGGAGCAUAUUGGAGGCCUAUCAGGACGAGGUCACCACCUACAAGUCUCAAGUAAACAACAUUACUGGGAAAAUGACUACCAUGGAGGUGGACCAACGCAACAGUCUGGAAAAUGUGUCUACAAGUUUACAGGUGUUGGAAAAUAUGCAGCAGGAGGCUGUGAGUGAUUACAACGACCAGAUUCGCUCCCUAACUUCUCUAGUCGAGAGCUUACAAGAAAAACUCCUCAAUAACACUUUAGAAGAAAUGUUCGAAGAGCUGAAAAGAACACAAAUUGCGCUCCAGGAGGAGAUCAACACUUGCAAGUCUCAAGUCAGUUCCCUCACCACUGAACUCCGGGAGGGAAUCAACACCAGCACGUCUCAAGUCAAUUCACUCAACACCGAACUCCAAGGCGAGCUCAACACCUACAAGUCUCAAGUCAGUUCCCUCAGCACUGAGCUCCAGGAGGAGAUAAACACUUGCAAGUCUCAAGUCAGUUCCUUCAACACCGUGCUGGAGGGGAAGAUCAACACGUGCAGUGCUCAGGUCACUGCCCACACCGCACAGAUCACUACCCUGGAAGGGAAGGUCCAGCUCAACAGUUUGCUGACUCAAUUCACAAGAAGCAAUACUGCGCCAGUAACCUGUAGUGGUGAUAAAGAACUGACUGCGAUGAGCCAUUCAAUAUGUGUCGUCACCACUGGUAAUUAUUCUGAUAAUUUGAGCUGCAGUUGGAAGGUGACACUGCCACCAGGAACCAAGAUAUUAUUAAAAUGGAGCUACUUUGAACUAGAGUACAGCUCCGACUGUCGCUAUGAUUCUGUUGUGGUGCAAGACUUGACCAGAGAUAAUCAACUUGUGUACGGGCAUAAGCUGUGUGGAUCACAUCUUCCAGGUGAUAAAUGGAUAGACAGCAACAUGAUCAAUAUUGUGUUCGGCAGUGAUGGGUCAAAGGUCUUCCGAGGCUUUGGACUCGAUUACAAAGGAAUUUAAGGUGAAAUUAUCAGCAGCUGUGAGUCACCUGUGGAUGCAAGCGGGGAACAUCUGUGAACACCAGACUCAAUGCAGCUGUGAACAAUGCAAGUUAAUUGUGACCAACAUCUGCAUUAAUUGCGUCCACCGGUUGCAAGACGGCUGAAUCUUUACUUGAAUUUACCUGAGGGGCACAAUCUUUCUAGUGGCGUCGAUGGGGACAGGAAGCCGGCGGUUUGUAAAAGCCCUCCCCCCCCCUCCACAUUGUUCGUCAGGAUUUUGUUCCAGCUGGAUUUUAAACUGCAGUAAUGUCUUGGCAGUUAUGGGGUCGGUGCUCGGUUGGUUCAUGGGUUUAUAAUCGUAUAUGUGGAAUAGCAUCUAAAUAUGUGGGGGGGGGGCGGUGUGCAGGAUAAACAAAUCAAAUUAUAAAACUAGAUCACCACAUGUAAAUUGUUUAGCUUAAAGGCUACAAUUGUGCUCGUUCCUCGAACCCAUUGUUGAUAUAAUGCUGUAAUAUAUAUUAAAUUAUGUUACUUGUUUAUCAUAGCUGUAACUUGCUUAGCUAAAUAGUAAACUGCCUCACACCUUUAGUUUUUUUGGUUUAAAUUGUGCGGGAAACGCUUUGCAUAACAGUGGGUUUAUUAGUAUGUGUUACUCCUGUCCCUAUAUCUGUACAUUACUCUCAAGUGCUUUAUACACACAUUUUUUUUAAUAUAAAUAUUAUUAUAUAUAUAUAUAUAUUUUUAUUGUGGGGGGGGUCAAUUAUCGAGUUCAUUAUAUGCGUUUGUAACUUUCCACUACCAUCCACAGGAUGGGUAUAUGUAUAAUGAAUGAACUGAACUAUACUGUUGGCAGUUAUUAGUAUUUAAAGAAUUUGUAUGAAGCGUUUAUGAUAGAACACACUUGUAUGAUAGAACACAGGAAGCAAGCAGCGAGACGCUGUUUGAAGACUUCAAAUGGUCAAGUUGGUAAAUACAAAUGCAGGGGGUGGGGGCCUUCGACAAGCCACCGGCUUCCUGUCCUCGUGGAGGCCACUACUUCACUAGUGUCCACGAGGCCACUGGCUUUGCAAAAAUAUACCAGUACCAAUCUUAUGUAAUCUCACCAACCCAUUGUACCUUCUCGUGAAUAAAUUAUUAUGGUGUUCGUGGGCCUCAGGUAAAUCAGGUAAAAAUGUAAACACAUUUAUGAGUGGAGCAAACACGGGUUCUCACUCAUAUUCCAUUUGAAGUUAAAACUCAAUACGUGCUUCAAUCACUGCCCUUCUGUACAUAUAGGCACUCAUUAACCCAGUGUGCCUGGGUUACCGUGUUAACCCAGUGUUACUGGGCAUAUGGGCACUCAUUAACUCACUGUAACCCUGGGUGAACAGCUCUGUUCACUCAGCCCAGUGAAUGGGUACCUGGUUUGGGUUAAAUCGUGAAUGGGUACACGAUUUGGCGGGUCGUAUUCCAGGGAAAUAUUAGGAAUAACGACCUGCCCAAAACGCUAUGCGUGAUAGUGGCUUUACAAGAAUGUAAGAGCUUUUGUAUAUUUAAAUAAAUCAAUAAAUUAAAUCAACGUAACAAUAACACUCAA